AUGUCUUCAUCAAGCAAACCGGCGAUGGCCUCCACCAGUCGACGAAAGUCUUCGAAGAGCACCUUAACCGUCACCCUCAAACUGACACCCAAGGCUCUGCAGAGAUUCGAACCUGCCACACUAGUCAAGGAAGAAUCUCCAUCAAAGGAGUCUUCAUCAACAAUUUCGAAUCCACCGCCUGUCGCACCGAGCUCAAAUGGAGACAAUCCAUCCGAGUCGAAUGUCAAUACACCUGCUGCCAACGGCACACCUGUCCCCUCGUCGAUGCCACCACCGACUGAAGGGGUAAAGAAGAAGGGUGUGAAGAGAAGUGCAGGGCCUGCGUUAGGACCAGAUGGGCUCCCCAAACCAAGGGGCAAGCCGGGCCCGAAGAAGAAGGCAAGAUUGGAGGAUGGUUCAAUCGACCACUCGAGUACGGCACCGCGAGCCCCGAAUGCUACAGCGGCUCACAAACUCGGUCCAAAGGCCAACCAAGGCGCUAUCAACGCAGGUCUUCGUGCCCUCGAUCGGUCUGGCAAGCCGUGUCGCAAAUGGCAGAAGGGCAGCUUCACACUCAAGAGUUUCACUGGUGUCGUUUGGGAGAUUCCACGCUGGACAGCACCACCAAAGAUCAGGGCUGAAGGUACCUCGGGAGAUUCUGCAUCAGGGGACAGCAGCAAAGAGAACAAGGACAACAGCCAGCUGGCGAGUGAGAAGAGCGAGAAGAGCAAUGGUGGCGCUGACAUCGAACUUGGCAGCACGGCUAGCAACAACGCCAGCUCACCAGCACCAUCAACCCUUCCGCCCUCGUCCGCACCAGCGGCCCCCGCCGUUGCUGCUUCCGCAUAA